UCGAACUCAGAAAUAAACUUAAUAAACUUAUGUCAGGGAAAUGUCAUGUGUUUAGAAUCGUAGUACGCAACAUAAAUCGCUGACUGUUUGAUAAAUGUUUCGAAGUUAUCGUCAUUUAUCGAUUAUUCCAUUACCAAAAAAUAAACAAAAACUAGAUUGGAUAUCUGCUGAGGUCAUAUGAAUGAUCCGUAAAAUAUUAAGUUGACCAAUUUGAAGUAGGUCGAUAUAGGGUAUAUCAGUUGCAUAUAGACGUUUCUUAUCUAUUACAUAAUGCCUGCAUAUAUUGUUCAAAGCGACAAUUUGCUGAGCUUGCUUUUAAUUCAAAACUUUGGGAACAAGACUUUAUGAAGAAUAUAAAAAAAAGGUCAGUGAAAAAAUUAUCGACCCUUUCGGAAUUGGAUUGUUUAAAACAUGCUAACAUUUUAUUAUUUCUUUAUUAUUACUUUUUGUUUUUUUAAUUUCAUGAUCCCUAGUGUAGAUGUUUUAACUCCAGGGAGGGACCAAACUUGACGUACAUAGUUACUAUACAAUAUCUUUAUAACUUCUUUAAUAAUGCUAUCGAUACUAGAUAGAAACUGAAUAGAUGUUUAUAAGAACAGAGGUCUCUUAAACAGUGUUUACAUUUCAAGGAGUAGAAGUUUUGGUACCAGGAUGGGACCAAAAUCAUCAUAGUGAUUAAAUUUGUGCGAUAAUAUUUUUAACUUCUAUAUAACUAAUUUCAGGAUAUCCGCUCCUCCGAGGUUGUUACGGCACGUUUGGUCGUCUUAGCACGUUCGGUCGCUGAUGACCAUUCGUGCCGCACGUAUUGUCGCCCGCCGACCGAAUGUGCCGUGAGGGUGGACACGAAUGGUCGUCAAUUUUAGGCCAUACCCGAGCACGAAUGGUCGCCACCCAAUCCCCCCUGUCCCAAACUCCAACCUUUUUCAUGUGUGUCUGUGUUUUCGUUCAUGCGUGUCUGUGUGUAUUUGUGUGACGGUGUGAGUGUGUGUGCGCGUGUAUGUGUGCAUGUAUGUGUGUAUACAUGCAUGUUGGUGUAUAUUUGUGCGUGCGUGCGUAUGUGUGUGUAUUCAUGUGUUAUAAAGUUUGUUUUGCAUUACACACGCAUAUACGUGCACACAUUUGUGACACAACUAAAGUACGAGAUAAAGACAACAUAAACUCCGGGCAUUUCUGGAUGGAAUUUGAUAUAAAUUUAUUUUGAAAACACACGGGUCGCAACAUUUUAGUAACACAAUACUCUUACAUAUCUAGCUGCAAUAAUGUAGCCAUCUCCGAUUUUAUUUGGAAGGGGGGGGGGGUAGGGCUACAACUCCUUAAGAUCUUCGUAAUGGUGCAAAUGCGGGAGACAUUUACAUGUACUACCGCAACAUUUUCGACCAUCCUAAACAUUUGCUGACUUUCUUUUCGUAAAUGAAAUGAUAUUUUAUGUUUCUUAGUCAAUAUAAAAAUUUACAACCUGCAACUUACGAUUUGUGAGACUCUAUUUUAACGUUUUCAACAAUUUCGAUAUAUUCCAAUUUCUCGAUUCAUAUUUGUGCGCCAUGUUUGAUGUACUGAAGUUUUAACUUUCGAUUGUCAAGUUAUCUGCAUAUGUCAUAUAAGAUAAUAUUUACAUUAAUGGACAAGUACGAAGAAAAAGCUAUUUCGUCGGUAUUAAAAAAGGUUUUAAUUAGAUUUAAUAUCAAGUAAAAAACGAACAACAGAGUGUAAAUGUUUUCUGCAACCAUAUGGUUUUCCUUUCUUUGUCUGUUUAAGUUUUUCAGUAAAUCCACCUACGAGAUCUCACGAUAACAAGCAUGGCGGAACAGACGAAGAAUUUCGCAUGCUGUACAUGAUGUUUAAUGAAAAAUACCUUUUUUAGACAUGCCCAAGCACAAAGUUGGUACUCCUUUUGAUGUAAACAACAUUUGGGACUAAUACACGGAGCUUAUUAUCGGUUUUACAUAAAAUCAUUUUUGCUCUAUUACGAAGAUCCUAUGGAAUUGUAACCCUAUCCAGAAAACGUCAGAAUAAAAAAAAAAUCGGAUAGGGCUACAUUAUUGCAGCUAUUACAUACCAUCAAUAUGACACGCCGUUUUAUUAUUAUUAUUAUUAUUUUGUGUGUGUUUUAAUCUUUUUAUUUUAUACAUUUAUUCCUCUUAAAAGAUAUCUCAUGAAUGUUAUAAGACAUCUUAUAAAAGAUAUAAAACAUCUUAAUAUGAUUUUUUUUCUUUAUAGGAUAUCUCAUUUAAUAUAUGAGAUAUCUGAUAUAUUAUAUAAUAUAUAUCAUAAACUUUAUACGAUGUCUUAUUAUAACGUUUUUGAUUUAAGAUAUUUCAUAACCUCUUAUAAGAUAUUUUAUAACUUUUAUAAGGUAUCUUAUAAAAGAGAUUUUAUAAGAUCUAUCAUAUCUUAUAAGAUAUCUUAUAAAACAUAUAAGAUAGCUUGUAUCUUGGACCGCCCCAUUUAGUCUCCUCUUACGACAAGCAAGGGGUACUUAGGAUCUAUGUUAAUCAGGAUCCCCAUGGGACAUUUAAAAAGAUACAAUCAAAACAUUUGGAUUAUUUUGUUUAUUUUUAAUUCCAGACAAUUUUGAAAUGAGGCGCAGUGUGAUAGUGGUGUUUUUGUUCUACCUUACGCAAACGAUUAACACCGAACAAGUACAGAACUAUAGCUCUUUCGGAUAUUCCUUCCCGGUGAAUUACGCAGAGAAAUGUCCACGGACUGCAGAAGAGUGGGACAACUCUUCACGACGAUUGAACUGUAGCAAAACGCAUGUAUAUCAUUGUGCUCCUGACAAGAAUCUCUCAUCUCUUAUCGAAUUCUGUUAUCCAAGUAAAGGAUAUAUGUUUCAAAAAGGAAAUUGUCUAGAACUGGCUGACGUUGGAAUCCUAAACCAUGUCAAAUGUGGACACUUUUCAUUUGGCUGUCCAGACAAAGAUUUCUCUGGCAACGAAAUCUAUAAAUUUCCAAGCUGUUUGUCCAUCGCUGCCAACUGUUUUACAGCAGAUGUUGAAUGUCUUAACAAAAAGUGUUUGAAACAAGGGUGUAAUGGGGUACCAAAAACAGAAGACAGAAGUACUGAUAGUCCCUCGAAAGAUAACAUAUACCUUCCAUGGUUCGUUGUUUCGUUGGUAUUGUUCUUCCUCUCAGCUGGGCUCAAUCUAUAUCUAGGUUGGCAAAGAAUUAAAUCUACAGAGGAAGAAAGUCAUGAGCACGAUAGACUUCUUGAAGAAAAUACAUCAGCAAAAAGUAGCAGAACUAAAGAACAAAGAAAGGACGAAUAUCGUGCUGCAUACAUUGAGAAGGAAAUUUUUUCUGACUAUGCCGUUGAGGAGGCUGAGUUAUUUCAACUUUUGAAAAGGCAAUGUCUAAAUGAUGAAUAUACUGGUUUUCAGUAUCUUGUUAAAACAAGAAUCAAGUCAACAGGGGAAGGUUGUAUAAAAAUAUUUUGUCAACGUGACGAAUAUGGAUGUACUCUACUUCAUUAUGCUGCUCAAGGGGGAUCGAUAUUCAUCUUAAAAGAAAUCUUGAAGAGUGCUCCCGCAGAGGUCAAAUCCCACAACGGUCAAACUAUUCUCCAUUAUGCAAUUAGAUAUCAGCAUAAAGACAUGAGUCUAUAUCUGAUCAACACCUACGAAACACUCACAAAAGAUUACCUUGUAAAGGAAUGUAAUCCAAGUCCAGGGAUUGGAUCAGAAAUGUGUUCCUCGGAAGAAUAUUGUGAACCUCUCCACUGGGCUGCAUGGAAUGGUGAUAUGAAAAUUCUAGAUGACUUAAAACAAGCUAAUAUUGACAUACGGCGAUUAACAAAGAAUGGUCUUAGUAUACUUGAUAUCGCAUGCUUGAAAAGCAAACCCAAUUUCUGUCUGCAUAUUUUAGAAAAUGAAAAAGGAAUAAAUCUUGAUAAAGAAGACGCAUGUGGAUGGAAUAUUGCUCAUUAUGCUGCAAGAUCAAAUAAUGUAGAGGUGUUGGAACAUUUGAGGACCAAGAAAGAAAGCUUGAUCACAGACAUAACGCACACAAAGAAAACUACUUUCCACAUUGCGUGUGAAUAUGCACAGCUUGAAGCUGUGAAGCAUCUUACCGAAACACAGGAAUCACUUUUACUCUGCAAAGAUGAACGCGGAUGGAAUGCAUUGCAUUAUGCGGCGAAAGGUGGCAACUUACAAAUUCUCAGAUUCCUUGUGAAGGACAAGAAGAUGGAGAUCAGCUCUCACACUAAGGAAAGUAAAAAUCUUCUACAUGUUGCAUGUACUUAUAAACAAGGGGAUAUCUGCAAAUAUGUAGCGCAAAAACAUAAGCACCUAGUAAAUGAGACGACUACAAUGGGAUGGUUGCCUGCUCACUAUGUUGGAGUAGAGAGUAAAGGAGAUGGAAGAGAAGAGAAGAUUGUAGAUAUUUUAUUUGAUUGCGGAAUGAAUAUAGAACAAAUAAAGCAAAAAACCAAGGACGGAUAUUCUGUUCUCGGUGUAGCGAUUUAUCACCGAAAUGGAAAGCUAUUGAAAUAUCUUUCAUCGAUGAAAGACAAAAUUGGCUUCCGUUUAGAUAUACAAUUUCUUCAGGAAACUUUGGAGGAAACAAAGGAUAGCAUUAUGAGAAGUAUUCUUGAAAAAGAAGUGAAUGAAAGGCAGAAAAAAAUGCAAAACUAGUGCAAUAUCUUUUGUCGAGAAAAUACAGAGAAGUUCUCGAUAAAACUAGAGAAUCUCUUCUGAAAAUUAAGAAGGAAACUAGGGAUAGUGAUAUGAGAUACAUUCUUCAAAAAGCCCUGGAUGAAAUGUAGAGAGACGCUAAAAAGAUACUCUAUUAAUAAUGUUUACAAAGUAAAACUUGUAUGAAAUUAAGAUGUGGAUGGCUAUCCGUUUUGUGCACUAAUGACUUUCAAUUAGGUCACCUGAGUCAUUCAGGUGACCUAUUGCUAUAAGUUUGUGUCCGUCGUCGUGCUACGUCCGUUGUCCGUCGUACGUUAAUAAUAAAACCUUUUUUCACUUCUUGACAACUACCGUUCCAGUUCUUUUCAAAUUGGUAUAUAUAAAGUAUAUUUGGGACAAGGGGGUAUAAAUUGUGAAUUUGAGGUAUCACGCGUCCAGGGGCCUAUAGGACAGGGCAAAGAGAUUAAAAUACCAUAUUUGCAAAACAUUUUCUAUAUAACCGCACUUAUGUAUGACAGCCUAACUUCAUAGUCAUGUAGGUGAUCCCAGGGACAGAGCUUUUGGUACCAGGGUGGGGUCAGAAUGGUCAUAGUGAUUAUAUAUCUUAACAUAGCUCUUGGGGCUAGCGACACUUUAAUUUAUGCUCGGAUGAUCGAUAAGACAUGUGACCUUGUUAUUUUGAAUGAAUAGUUGUUAUCAUAAAAUAGUUAUCGUGUCCCAUGGGUAAGAAAACAAAAACAAAAACAAAAAGGGACGAGCAACCAAAGAGCAGCCAAUAGCAAAUAUCCACCUCUCUAGAGGUUUGAAACUCACAAAUAUACAAAUCCAUGGCAUCUUCCAUCUUCGCAAGCCAAGUGUCCGAUUCGCAUGAUAGUAAGCGAAUCGGACACUUGGCCUGCGAAGAUGGGCAUCUUCUAUAAAAAUAGAAACAAUGGAUAUCAAUCGCAUGCCCAAAUUGGAUUAUUAAUGGACCGCUGACUUAACUGUUGGAAUUAAAGAGAUCUUGCCAUGUCACGACGAGUGUAUAGGUCGAGCUGCAAUGGUGAGGAAUUAGUGACACAGGACACUACAUUGGUAAAACUAGAUAAUAACAGCAUAUUCUGUUCCGACUUACCUCGGGAAAUACAGCUAACUAUUUCGUGAUAUUGAAAUGCAAAAUGAUACCAGAAUGACAUUUCCUAUUUGAAGAUUAACUCGUGAUAUAUCUUGCAUAUUCCACCUAUGAUGUUGCAGCUCAAGAUACCUCAGUUUGUCCAUGGGAUACUGAGAAACCAUAACGCCAAUUUCUUGACACCUAAGCAGAAAUUGGAAAGAGUUGUUCAAUUUUACCAGUAAGCUGGAAAGACGUGGUAUUUUCAUAUUGUGUAAAAUAAAACCGGUUAAUUUGAUAAGACCUCCUGCUGUGUGACAAGUUUUGCAUAUUUGAAUGUGCAAUGUAUUAAUCGAUCAGAGUCAUUAAGUAAUUAUAUUCAUAUCAAAAUAGAUAUGUUAUUUGAUUUAUAUUAAAGAUUGACAGUAUCGCAAGAAUGUGGUUAUGUGUGUGCAUGUGUGUUUGUGUCCAAUUGUUUCAUUCAUAAGGAAAUAUUGUAUCGUACAUGUAAACAGAUAAUGUAAAUAUUUUUUUUCAAAUUUGUUUGUUCUUUGUCCCUUUUGAUUGAUCAAAUAAUUUGAGAAAUCUUUAUAUGUUCAUAAUUACAUUACAUCAUCAGUUCAUUCCGUAUUAUCUUGGGAUAUUGUGAUAAGACUAGGAUAACCAAGUACCUUUAUUUAGAAUAAUCAAUGUAGUAUACAAUGGAUUUCAAUAAAUUCUAGAGUAAUA